UAAAGCUCCCCAAAUGAUUCAAAACGUUACACACACUCUUGAGUCUUGACAAACAAACAACAAACUUCUCACGCUCUUCCUCUCUCUUCACAUGACUCGUCUUUUCAGGUUCCUUGGCGCCGUAAACUCAUCGGCGGUGACCACCACAAACACUACGCAACAGCAACAACAACCAGCUACUUUAGACUCAGACUUCGUGGUGAUUCUGGCGGCCCUUCUCUGCGCUUUAAUCUGUGUUUUAGGGCUAAUUGCUGUAGCUCGCUGCGCGUGGCUUCGCCGUUUUUCUUCCACCGCCAACUCCCGCGGCGGAGCAGCUCCUGCACAACCUCCGGUUUCUUCAGCUGCAAACAAAGGCUUAAAGAAGAAGGUCCUCCGGUCACUUCCUAAACAGACUUUCUCCUCCGAUUCAACACCUAAAUUCUCCGAUUGCGCCAUUUGUCUUUCGGAAUUCGCGGCGGGAGAUGAAAUCCGUGUGUUGCCUCAGUGCGGUCAUGGAUUCCACGUGACUUGUAUAGACACGUGGCUUGGGUCUCACUCGUCGUGUCCUUCUUGCCGUCAGAUAUUAGUAGUAGCUAGGUGUCAAAAGUGUGGCGGUUUGCCGGCAAGUUCAAGCGGUGGAGCUGAAAGUGAAGCUGCAAUGAAAGAGCGGGAAGACGAUGUGAAUAGGUUCUUGCCCUAGCUUAUUAAUCAUGUAUACUAUUAAUCAAAUAAAAAUUAAUUAGGUUUUAAUUACUAAUUUGAUGUUUGGUUAAUCAUGUGUAUAUAAUUGAAGUAAAGACGAGUUGACUGUAUUUCUGUGUGAUUUGAAUAGGUGGUGUGAUUGAAUUUUAUUCUGUUAAAUUUGCUUGCAGCAUUGUAUAUGAAAGUAAGAGUUUGAUUUAAAAUGAGUGUGGGGCAAAUAGAAUUGAAAUAGAAAAGGUGGGGACAGUGUUUGAAAAUGUGAAGGGAGGAGAAGCUGCCAAGAUAUGAACCCACUUCACUUGUGUUCUUAUUUCAUUUCAUUGUGCGUUGAUUUACUACUCCACCACCGCCACCUUCUCCCCUUCUUAAUCCAUUUCAUAUUAAUUAUUUCCAUGUGUCUCUAUAUUAAUUAUCUAAUGUUUCUUUCGUCUC